AUGCCAAGCUCACGUCAGCCCGGCAUGAUGCUCCCAUCGGUGAUCAGUAGGAGCAGGGAGCAGUCUCCUACUUUGGGGGACUCGUCGGCCUCUGAGGACACGCAGCAGCAUCGUCGAGAGAGUGUUCAUGAGUAUUCGCCGUAUCAUCAUUUCACCAUCAGAGGCUCUAAAGGGUUGACGCGGAAGCUCACUCUAGGGGUGUGCUGCAUGCAGAAUAAGGCUACUAGUAACCCCAUGCAGUCGUUGUUGAGGAGACUAGAUGCUAGUGGUGCCUUCAACAUCAUCAUUUUCGAUGAGAAAAUGAUCCUGGAACAGGACGUAUCCGAAUGGCCGAUAGUCCAGUGUUACGUGUCUUUCCAUUCGAAAGGCUUUCCACUUUACAAGAGCUUGGAAUACGUCAAGAUGCGCCAUCCAGUGGAGAUUAAUAAGGUAGAAGACCAGCUGAAACUACGGAAUAGGCUUACCGUCUACGAGACGUUGAAGUCCCACGAUAUACCCUGCCCGGACUAUAUGGCGAUCGAUCAUCUGGAGUAUGGGGACCAUCAGUUCGUGGAAGCAGAUGAUUAUAUUAUUUACGACGGGCGUAAGUUGAAAAAGCCCUUUGUUGAGAAGCCUCUAGAUGGGGAUGAUCAUAACAUAUGGAUCUACUAUCCAACUAACGUCGGAGGUGGAUGCAAAAAGCUCUUCCGGAAGAUCGGUGACAAGUCGUCUGAAUUUGAUGCGAAGCAGUCCCGCAUAAGGAAGGAUAAGAAGUAUAUAUAUGAGCCGUUCCUCCCAACAGGAGGAAUGGAUGUUAAGGUUUAUAUGGUGGGAGAAAUGUAUAGCCACGCUGAAGCCAGAAAAGCCCCUACUGUAGAUGGCAAAGUUAUGAGAAAUAAUAACGGCAAGGAAAUACGAUACCCUAUUACGUUGAGUGAAGUAGAGAAGGCUUGUGGAGCCUUGAUAGUGCAGGCCUUUGGGCAGUUCGUGACUGGAUUCGACGUUCUACGUACAACGGGACGGUCUAUAGUGUGCGAUGUUAACGGUUGGUCAUUUGUGAAGGGGAAUCAGAGAUACUAUGACGACUGUGCUAUACUCGUCCAGAAGUUCUUCCUGGAUCGGUUUCAUAUUACAUUCACGAUGCCUAUACCAGCUCUCAAAAAUGAGGACCGCAUGAGCGAGCCGAUUAAUAGGACAACUCCCGAGGUUGAUGAAGCUGAUGAAGAGAACUUCCAACAUGACAAGUUGAGAGCGGUGAUGAUAAUAAUGCGGCAUGGCGAUCGGAAGCCGAAAGAGAAGCACAAGUUCAAAUCCUCCCACAAGUAUUUUUUGGACUACGUUAAUGGGCGUGGUAGAGUUGAUGAUGAUGANNNNCGACUGAUCAUAAGGGCAAGUACGGCUGAGGCUGCGAGGAUGAUAGGGAACCCACUUAUCACCAUGAGGAAGGUGGCGAACUCUGCCUGUCUUUUCUGGACCUCAUCUCGACAGAGAUUGCUCGCCUUGCUGAGAAGCACAAAUUGGACUCAGUGGACUAUUCAGAGUUCGACGAUGGAUCUCCUAUAA